GAGUCACUUCCGGUGAGUGUUGCGUGGCUGUUAGCAGUACUGAUUGAGUUCGAGUUCAGACGCUCGUCUCGCUGCCGCAGAACCAAAUGAACGCCCUCGUUACCCUUACCUCCAGACGUGACAGCACUGAAAUGAUGCAGGAUUUAGACAUCCCUUCCUCACGAAACAUGGACACCGUUAUGGGGAGAACAUUAAAGGAGUGAAUAACUGUUACCGACAGCAUUAUUUUUUUACUGAACCGGAUCGUUAGCUUAGCUGGCUAACAGAUAGAUUUUCAGUCUCUCUCUGCUGCUGGGUGGCGUUGCCCAAGGCCGGACACCAGCGAUGGGAAUCCUUUUCACAAAAUUAUGGAGGCUUUUUAACCACCAAGAGCACAAAGUCAUUAUUGUUGGGCUGGACAAUGCAGGAAAGACCACCAUACUUUAUCAGUUCUCUAUGAAUGAGGUGGUGCACACUUCACCCACCAUAGGCAGCAAUGUGGAAGAGAUUGUGGUCAAUAAUACACAUUUCCUUAUGUGGGACAUUGGAGGACAGGAAUCGUUACGCUCGUCUUGGAACACGUACUACACUAACACAGAGUUUGUGAUCGUGGUCGUGGACAGCACAGACAGAGAGAGGAUCUCAGUUACCAGAGAGGAGCUCUACAGGAUGUUAGCCCAUGAGGAUCUGAAAAAAGCUGGUUUGUUGGUCUUCGCCAACAAGCAAGAUGUGAAGGGUUGUUUGACUGUUGCUGAGAUUUCCCAGAGUCUUCAGCUUACCUCUGUCAAAGACCAUCAGUGGCACAUCCAGGCCUGCUGUGCUCUCACUGGAGAAGGGCUCUGUCAGGGUCUGGAAUGGAUGAUGUCACGGCUGCGAGUAAGAUGACCUCUGACCUCAGAUAGCAGUGUGCUCUCUCUAUCUUUCCCACUGGACGUGGAGGCCGGGUGUCGCUCACUGUGAAGGUGACCCAGCGACGUCACCAGAACUUGUUUGAUUUAUUUAUUACAGAUUAUUGAAACCUGUGAACAAACAAUCUGCAACUAACUAAGUAAAAAAAGUCAGGACUUGCAAGACAGCAUAAACUCAGUGUUUUUCUGUGUGAAUGGCCAUUGAAAGAGUAACGAGGGUUGCACAGACCUUGGACUAACUGGUCUCUAGCUGAGCAGAACCCUACCUGGAGUGGCCUCACUGCUUUGCCCAGCUAGCUGACAUGGUGUUGCCCAGUGUGUACAGUCCAGUAUUUUCAUUAACCUUGUGCCUGCACCUGACUCUCUGUCUCCUCUGCAGUUAGGAGGAGACCCAUUACCAUGCAAGAGGAGACUGCACUUAUGUAAAAUACAACUAAAUAAAGUGUUUUUAUCUGUCAUGAUAAAAA